AUGAACAUCAUUUAUCCGCACCAUCAUCACAAAGUUAGCCUUGUGUUGGUGAUGCUUUUGGUUGUAUCCAUGUUGAUGAUGAAUCAACAACAACAAGUAAGGGCUGCGGAAUUAACUUCUUCAGAAAAGACAGCCAUUUUGAAUGCCCACAAUUCCGCACGUUUAUCAGUGGCUCCGACUCCACUUAACAAGUUAGCAGCCUUGGAAUGGAGUGAUGAAUUGGCAUCUAGGGCAGCUUCUUGGCUUACUAAAUGUGCUGCAGGACCAUCAAGUAAUUCUCUCAAUUUGGGCGUAAAUAUUCAUGUCAGUAUGAAGGGAAAUAUGUCAGUGGUGGAUAUUGUGAAUGAAUGGACUUUAGAAUCUUCUAAAUAUGACUUUACAAAUAAUUAUUGUUCUAGUGGUGAUUGCCAACAUUAUAUUCAAGUUGUCUCAGCAGCUUCCACCAAAGUCGGGUGUUCCAGAGCUACCUGUGCAAAAGUGUUCAACAAGCCAGAAUUGAAUGGAGCUACCUUGAUUGUUUGUAAUUAUUCACCUAAACCAAAUGUAUUAGAUAGACCAUAU